GUAUAAGGCAUUCAAAAGUGUAUUAUUGUCUAUGUUUUUGAAAGUUAGGACAUUCAAAUAACAUUUUUAUAUAUUGAAUUUUUGAAAACAUUUUAUAAAUAUAUAAAAAAAAUAUUUUUACAAAAAGUUCUUGUGUUUUUGUGUGGUUACAAUUACUUCGAUGAAGAGUAGUAAUAGUCUUCUUGCUCCAGUCAAGUGAUAGCAAUGGCGAUAUGCCCUUUUCCCGGCAGUCAAUUGAAAUGGCUAUUACUUUUUUAUAAUUGUAAACCAUGUCAAAAGAGGAAUAAUUAAUUUUUAGGGUAGUAUUGUGUUUUUGUACUUGAUAAUUGUUUAUUAUUGAACUGGACUAAACUGUCAACAUGAAAUAAAUAAUGCGGUGGCACUAGAAGCGCUCUUUUAAUUGAACAAAAAUUAAAUAUUAUUGUAGUGAUUUAGUAGGUUAGAAUGUCUUCAUCACAACAGGUGAAUAUUAAAGAGGAACGUCAAGAUGAAGCCGAGAUCAGAGAGUUGGCUGAUAAAAUAUUGGAAGCGAAUAAGGCGAAAAUGGCAGCAGCCAAUGCACGGCCCGCUGUUGGUCCAGGUACACAACAAACAAAUCAAGUAGGAGGAAAUAUUUUAGGUUUUUUGACUCGUAAAGGUGUACCAGCACAACGGCCUGCUACAGCUGUCGAAGAUAAAAAAGACGAUGACUUUGGGAAAUUUGGAUGGAUUACUCUUGGUAAAGCUCAUAUUCCAUAUAUCUUUCGACAAGGGGAGAAAUAUUGUGCAGUUCGAAUGGUAGAACAAAAAGUAUUAAAUAAAUAUUUAAAUUAUUUACACCAGGAUAUUUACAGUUGUACAUGUAUUCGAAGUUAUUACAUCGCAGAGAUGGAAAGUAAAUUAUUAAGUGAAAUAAAUGCUAGACAUUGUGAUUUAGGAUUUGGAAGAGAACCUUUUACUGUGCGUGAUUUAGUAGUGCGUGUUAAUGAUGCUAUAGAAUUUUAUAAUUUCUUGGAUGUAUGUUAUAAUAAGUUAAUUCGGGGUACAUGUGGUCCAAAAGAUCGGUGUGGAUUUAUACGUAUAAAUAAAGAGUCAGUUGUACCAUAUACAGUGCGUGGCGAUAGUAAAUAUGUACCGUUAUUCUAUUUCGAAGGUGAAACGGAUAAUUUAAAAUUAAAGGCAGAUGAGCUCGAAGGUUGGGAUUUAUCUUAUCUAAAAUUCUGUUGUAAAGUGCAGGGUAUACGUAAUGAGUUGUUUGCGAAUGAAACAUGUGCAGUUAUUAGUUUAAAUGAUAUUAAAAGUUAUUUUCCUCCGGGAACGGAGUUCGAAGACUAUUGGCCUAGUAAAGUUGUUGAUUCACAGUUGUUAGUGGCAAGUAAAGGUGGUGGUCAAAAUGGGUUAUGGACGCGACAACCUGCAGCUCCACCACCAGUCGUUCCAAAACCUCCAGUGCAAACACGACGAUCGCCAGCUCCAGCUGCUCAAGCGUCGGCGCCGUUAGGUUUAACACAAAUGCAACAAGCUGUGUUAAAUGCCAAUGGAUGGGCUGCAGGACUAGUAAAUCAAUCGAAUUUGUACAAUACAAAUUCUGCAGCUGCGAAUCAAUUAAUCAGACAAGUGUCGUUGGGUAUGCAAGGCUUGGGUAAUGUUCCAAGUACGCAAUCCCAAGCUCAGUCGAGAAACAACCAACGAUCUCAUCAGUAUUAUCCACAGAAUAACAUACCCAUGACAUUGAGUUCCGCACAAAUUCCGCCCCCAUUGGUUCGUUCAACUGUCGCACCAAAUACACUUGGUUAUCCGUCCUAUGGGAAGGAUGACUGGGCGACUGGUACAUAUACAACACCGAGCCUAUUACCUCAAAGUGUUUCACAAUCGUAUAACAUGAUGGCAAGUUUAGCCGAACAUGGUUUAAUGCCACCACCAGUGAAUGCAGCAAACUAUGCCUCAGCCGUACAGCAACAAGCAUCCCGAAGUCAUCAAGUCCAACAACAACAACAACAGAAUGCUAGAUCUGCGUCACAAAAUAAUCGAUCCGUGUUACAAGCACAAACUAGACAGACUCAGCAACAGCAGCAACAACAACAACAAAUGACACGAUCUAAUAUGUCUAGGUCACGACAAGAACCACAACAACAUCCGCCACCGUUGAUACCGGUCAAUGGAAGUGCUGCUGCAUUGAAUCCAACAAUUGCACGGUAUUCUACACCUACAUCAAAUUCAACACCUGGUUCAGAAGUCAUUGAUUUAUCUUCAUCACCGCGGACAUCUACUCAACAAAGACAAGUGGUUGGUAACGGUCGAACAACGGUAAUGGAUGGUGGUCAUAAAUUAACAAUGUUACCAGAUACACCGUCACAAGGAUCACAUAUGCCUUUUAAGGUACAAAAAGCGUUAGUGGAAGGAAUUAUGGUGCCGUGUAUAAAUAUGAAGCCUUAUGUUUAUUCAGAAUUAUUAAUAACAUUACCUGAUUUGGUCGCACAUUUUUUUCCUAAACAUUCAGUGCCGACAAUUAAACAAGUGUUAGAAGUAUUAGGAAUGGAACUAUUUAAAGGAAAUCAACAACAAAUGCAAAUAUUACGGGAAUCUGGAAAAUGUCAGUCAAUUCACGAUGUACUGCCAUUAGUGCAAAUACGUGAAAUAAUGAAUUACAUGCCACAAAUAAAAUACAUGUGUAAAGGGAAUGAAGAAAUAAAUCAAGCUAAAAGACAACGAACAAGCUAGGAUUGGGUAAGCGGGGCCUGGCAAUCCCUGCAGUCACCUCUUGGAUAUGUUGCAAAUUCAACAUGGGGGGUGCCACAUAAUUCAGCUGUAAUCGCAGACAACCAAAGGUGGGCAAUGUAAUACCAUGCAUACACAAAAUGAUUUUGAAAAUGUAUGGAUAAGCGCGCCAAUCGACAGACAGCUGCUGUUUUAACUGUGCAGUAGCUAAAAUCUACUCCCUAGCUUACAUUGAGCUACUCAUUUAUAGUGUAUUGUACAUAUGUUUAUGGAAUAUGUAAUUAAAAUAAUUAUUUAAUUACUAGAUAUUUAAAGACUAAUUUUCUUAGUUAAUAUUAUUCCUAUCAAAAUAAAAAUUUUAUACACUUUUUUUCGAAACUGUAAAUAUUUAAAAGAAAAUAAUAAUAACCUUAUGACGAUGAUCAAAACCUUUUUAUUU